AUGACUGCAGAUACUUCCUCCAUCGAGUACAUUUUGAAAUCGAACUUCGUAAAUUAUCACAAGGGAGAGGCUUUUAUAGAUUUGUUUUCUGAUGUUUUUGGGAAUGGUUUUUUUGUUGCUGAUGGGGAAACAUGGAAAGACCAAAGGCUUGCGUUAACAUCAGUUAUGCACACUUCUUGGUUUAUAGAGUCUUCUCAUUCAGUCAUACAAGAUCUGGUGCACCAAAAACUUUUAAAGUUGAUAAAUAAGUCUGUAAAAUUAGAUAAAAUCAUAGAUCUACAAGAUUUGCUACUUCGAUUCACGUCUGACAAUAUCUACAUCACUACAUUCGGCAUUGAUCCAGGGUGUUUAUCCAUUGAACUUCCAGAUGUUCCUUUUGUUACGGCUUUCGAGAGAGCUGCAGACCUCUCAUAUUACAGGGUGUUCACUCCUACAUUUAUAUGGAAGACACUGAGAUUCUUCAGUGUUGGACCAGAGAAGAAACUCAAGGAAGCCAUCAGAAUAGUGCACAAGUCUGUUUCAGAGAUUGUUAAAAACAGAAAGAUCGAUCUCCACAAAUCAGGUUCUGUAAAUGAUCGGUCCGACGUAUUAUCGAGGCUCGUAAUUAUGAAAGACCCGGAGGAUAAACAAAACUUGAAUGAUAGAUUCAGUGACGACAUGCUAAGAGAUUUGUGUUUAAGUUUUAUUCUAGCUGGCCGAGACACAACUUCAGUGGCACUAGCAUGGUUCUUCUGGCUCAUAAAUGAACACCCACAUGUAGAAAGCCUAAUUCUCAACGAGAUCAAAGUAAUUAUAAGCCACAGGAAGUGUGACAGCGAAAACAUAAACGAAAUUGUGUUUACAGCGGAUGAGUUAAAGAAAAUGGUGCAUCUUGAAGCUGCUCUAUCAGAAACACUGAGGCUCUAUCCGUCUGUACCACACGAUAUCAAGGAGGCUAGAGAGGAUGAUGUACUGCCCAAUGGUACUGCUGUUAAAAAGAAAGAUUUGAUAGUCUACUCCAUGUACUCCAUUGGCCGAACUGAAGCUAUAUGGGGGAAAGACUGCAGGGAGUUCAAGCCAGAAAGGUGGAUAAAGAACGGGAAAUGA